AUGCCUCCGAAGAAGUGGGACGAGUCUGAGGACACAUCCUCUGAAGACGAAUCUGUUGAUGUUCCAGUCGUUCGGCGCAAAUUCGAUGAUGAAGAAGACUCCGAUGACGUCGCCGACAAUUGGGAUGAAGAGGAAGAUUCCGAUGCCGAGAGAGAAAAAGCUACCAAAGCAGCAGCAGCCAAAGCCAAAGCCGAUGCAGAAGCCGCCGCCAACAAAAAAUCCAAGUCUCAGAGAAUAGAGGAACACCGCGAGGCCAACCGACGAAGACGCGCUGCUGAGGAGGACGCUGAGAGCUCUGAGGAGGAUGAAGCCGACAAAAAAGCGCGCUUGCGGCAGACCGAGCAGGAUUCCGACUUGACACAUGCACAAGAUCUCUUCGCAAACGCGGGGUUAGGGCCGACAUCUCGCUCGACCAAAAACAAGGCUGUUAUUAUCGAGGAUAAAGCAAAUCCUGGCCAAACCAUCGAUCUCUCCACACUUCCUCUAUUCCGACCAGCCACCAAGACACAGUUUGAUACUCUCUCACAGACAUUAGUACCCUUGCUCACAGCAUCCUCCUCCAAACCUCAUUACUCAAUCUGGCUCUCUACUUUCGUCAAGCAAAUCGCCGCCGACUUGCCAAGCGCAGAGAUCAAGAAGGCCGCCAGCGCCUUGACAGCUCUCAGUAACGAGAAAAUGAAGGAGGAGAAGUCCAGUGAAAAAGGCGGCAAGAAGUCCAAAGCAGCCAAAACCAAGAUAACUCUGGCAGCCACGCGAGAUGUGGGCAGAGGUUUGGCGGAUACCACGAGUUACGACGAUGGCCUCGAGGAGGAUGACUUUAUGUGA